AUGCACGCUCUCUGCUACUGCAUGGCCUUCCUCAAUCUGACGGAGGCCAAACCGCUGCAGCAAGUCUGUCAGGUAUCCUACCUGUACGUGCUGCCUGUUCUGUUGGGCGUGACAGUACUAACUAAUGCCCUCAAUGUGGCGGUGUUGCUCCGUCCGCGACCCACUGCCCGCCCACGACAGACUCCCGCCCGCACUUAUCUUCUCUGGCUGGGCCUCUCUCACUGCGCCAUCUGCGGUCUGGUGGUGCUCGCUCUGUCCCUCGGCAGACGUUGGGGUCUUCCCUACGCUUGGGCUUUCUACCUGGCGCACGUGGAGGAGCCGCUGUACGGCAUGUUCAACUGUAGCUGCGCCUACAUCAUCGUGGCGCUGUCCCUGGAGCGUUACCGAGCCGUGCGUCAGCCCCAUCAGUACUCGGCCAUCGAAAAACCAGUUCGGAGAGUCACCAAAAUAGUGUUGGCCUACGUUCUCCCUGCCGUCUUUUACCUCCCAAAAUGCUUCACUCAGGCUGCAGAGUACAACGAGCAGCAGCACGGAUGGCGGGUCACUCAAGGAAUAAUCUUUGACACUGCUGCCUGGAGGGUGUGGUCAGUAGUGCUGGAACUCCUACACCGCGUGGUGCCCUCAGUGACGCUGGUGGUGCUGAAUCUUCUCAUUCUUCAAGCGGUGCGGCGGGUGCGGGCCGUGAGGGCAGCCAUGUGUGCAUCACGCAAGCGGAGGGAAAGCACUCGAGGCUGGGACAACCAGAUCAGGUACCUACUGAUAGUGCUGACAGCUGCUUUCUUGUUGAGCAAUGUCCCUGCGACGGUACUGCAGUUGCUUUACACCGCUAAGGCAGCACACUGCAGUACUAGCCUCACCUCAGAGCUCGCACGCACUGUUGCCAAUUGUCUGGAGAUGAUCGGAGUCUGCUGCGACUUCUUCCUGUAUUUUGUCAUGAACUCUGAAUACCGACGAGACUUGCAGAGUUUGGUAGUGUAUGUGUGUGGCAGAUGCGGCUGUUGCGGAUUCCUGAUGCGGCGAUUUCCGGCGAGUGACGAAUCUUCUCACCGUGGAGCCACGUUUUCUUGAUUCUUCCGGCAGAGAAGAAUGCAUGAUAGUGCAUAUUGCAUGAUAGUGCAAUAUGUUGUGUGGCUUACCUCAGUGUACUCUUUGUUAUCUAUCAUCCAUCGGUGACUAUCGCAUCUUAGGCAGCAAAUAAUACUCAUCAGGUAGUUCAGUGACAGACAUCCCUCAAAAUACUCUUUACUUUGUUUGAGUCACCAUAACCCGGGCCGAGAUCUUUGUUACGCUGAUGUCGGCAGCUGGCUUGCGAAGGGUGGCUGCGAGUUACGAGCAGCAGUAAACACCGCAAGACCGGGAAUAGUCGCAAGAUAACAAAUAUAGGAAGCAAGACACACAGACAGGGAAAAUUUUUCAGCCUCGUCCAUCCUGUCAGUCUAACAUUUGGAACUGACUCAGUCAUUAUGACUGGGGUAAGCUGAAAAAAAAGCACCACGUCACUAUUCUGUUUACUUAUAACAUUAAAACAGUCCUCCCUGUACCCUGUUUCUUUCCACCGCCUCACUUAUAUUUACC